UUGCAUUGAUCUUAUUUCAUGAACGCGCGCGACGCGAGCGCACGGGUCAUCUAAAAUGGCCGCUAUUAUAUAUUCUCUGAUACUUAUCGUAUUUUUUAGCACAGUGCACGCUAAUUUCAAGCCAUUUAGAGCUCUAUUGUACUCUGAUUGGAUAACAUGUGAUCACAACAAGACUCUCGACCUCGACGUGAGCCAGGUGCAGCUGUUCCUCUACGACUUCCAAAACAACUUCAACAUCAGCUACCAGAUCGACAAUGCUGCUGAAAAUAUCCUCUCAGCCUACAACCUCGACACCACCAGGCGUCUCAUCUUCUUCGUGCCCGGGUACAAAUCCCACAUCAGCAAAAACACCGAAGAAUUGAUCAGACAGACCUUUAAAGAUGUCCCCAACAUUUACCUAAUUAUUGUGGACCAUUCUCCUUACACUUCAGCCAGAGGCGGAAAGAUUAAAAGCUAUGAAAGAUCUGUUACCUACACUUAUUACAUCGGAAGAGCGUUAGGGAAGUUCUUAGCAGAUCUUCAUAGUCGUGGCUUCCCAUCAGAUAAAAUCCACUGUAUUGGCCACAGUCUAGGAAGCCAAAUGUUAGGUUACGCAGGAUCUACAUACACGAAUCAGACUUUGCAGAAGGUUUGGAGAGUGACGGGGAUAGACCCAGCUGGACCUUGUUUCUCUAACGGAUUUAUACAAGAUCAUAUAAGAUCUGGAGUUGGCAAUUACGUGGAAGUAUACCAUUGCAAUGCUGGAGGAUUAGGUACGACAGCAGUUUUGGCUGAUAUCGACUUCUUUUUAAAUCGGAAAGGUAAGAAACAGCCACAUUGCGAUGGAGGUAUUAUACCAGGGCUGGGAGAGUCGGACUCUGCGAAGUGUAGCCACAAGGCUUGCGUGAAGUACUGGACGGCGACAGUGCACAACCCUACAUGGUAUUCGGCCUGGGCUUGUGAUUCGUAUGAUCAUUUCAUGGAUGGAAGGUGUGCUGGCAACGAGAUCACCAUAGCUGGGUACUCGAAUCCUGGUAAUGCCACUGGUGUCUUCUAUGCGUCGACUGAUGGUUAUGGUGUGGAUUGAAUUGAAUUGAUAUUUUUAAUGUACUUAUAAAUUGUCUCAAAUCAAAUGUUACGUAAUGAUUGUUACUUUAUUUAAUAAAUAAUAAUUUAUAUCGUACAAAGACAAAGUUAUAUUAAUGUUAAUUUCCGAUACAUAUUGAUUUAUAUUGAAUGUGUACAAAACUAUUAAAACAUCUUAAUUUCAACGAAGUACAAAUACUAACAUUGUCAUUUAAUAAAUAGUUUAUAUACUGAAUAGUUCUACUAAAUUGUAGCCGUAUUCCUCAUGGCUGAGGUCGAGGCCAUUCUGUGGAAUAUUUUUUCACUUAUAUUGAAUAGAUAUAAAGUAGAAAUAUUUCCGAUUACCUUUUCAAUUUCACACUUAUCUAGAGUGAAAUUUUCCACACGAUUUUAUACUUCCUUCACUGAUUUUUGAUAUUUGCAUUGGUAGUAUUGCAUACAAUCGCAUGUGACAAAAGGAGGAUUCGUACCUGGGACUUUUCGGUUCACAGGCCGCAACUGCUUAAUCACCAUUGUUUCUGAUACUAAGAAGAGGUCCUUCAGUAAAAUCAUUUUUAAAGUCACACUUGAUGAUCGCAAUGUCAGAGACAAAAUAGCUAAUCUCACAAGUGUCAUGUAUGAUGGUACCUAGAACGGCACUAAAGUAACAUCAGAAAUGACAAAUGCGACACUCAGUGUGAGGGAUCGAGGGCGGAUUACAAUCUGAUGAGUUAUGUCACCCAAUUUAUGCAACUCCAUAAAGACAUCCAGAAUAAGAAAGGAUGUGGAUAUAACUCAAGAUUUAUUCCUUUUAACUCCAAUGAAGGUUCCGGUGCUACCAAUUCCAACCCAAAUGCCGGUGGAUUUAAAAAUGAUUUGGUCAACAUCUAGUACUAACAACUAAUAAAAUAUUUUGAUUUUAUUCAAAUGUAUUUUGUAUUAUUUAUAUUUAGAAUAUAAAUUUGACUACUAUAAAAACUAGAAAACGUACAGUUAAUGAUUUGAAAAAUUAAAAGAGCUUCUGCAUCCAAA